AUGUUUUCAGCAGAGACCACCGAUAAGGAUGUUGAGGAUAAGUUGAAAUUGGUCUGCAAGGUGUAUCAACUCCCUGCUGUUCUUGACCCUUCAAAGGCAGUGCUUGACUCCACAGUGAGUGUAGAGAACUACCAGAAGUCCAUUUUCCCCAGUAACAUAUACAGUGAUGAGUUCAUGUCCGAGCGGUCAUCGGCACAUCCACAACCGGCUACUAUGGUCGUCGGCCAGAGCAUAGCGAACAAUUCUGGUAUUCCAUUGAACUCCAUCAACAAGCUUCCCUCUUAUCAGUGGAGCUUCAAGCAUGAAGACGACCACAAAUCACACCAUUAUGGUCACAGCCACCACCAUCACAAGGGUAAGAAUAUCCUGAACGGAUUAGGUACAUCUGAGUCGAUUUCAUUGUUGGGGGGUACUUUCUUCAACUCGACGGCAUUAAACUCGAGAUUGAUUAGAUUGCCUGUGAUGAAUGAGUCAAACAGAUACAAGAAGCGAUCAAUACUUAACGGAUUACCCUACUAUGAUAAGAGUAUUAUUGACAAGCAGAUACGUGCGAUGAACAUAGAAAAGGUCAAACUAAAGCUUCCUGUUGCCAAUGCUUCGCAUUUUUCUGCUUCUUUCAACGAGACUGUUGAUGAUGUGGAGUACCUUCACGGCGAGGUAAUAUUGAAUCAGUUCAUGAAUAACAAGAGAAUUAUGAGAGACUAUCAAUGGAUGCUCUAUUAUUUGAAUAGGUUUGGAGGUAAAAACUUGACCGAAAAUGGUGAAUUGAAAUUUGGCCGUAAUAAAAUAGUCAGUGUGAAAACGUGGAAACAAUUUGAAAAGUGGACAAUGAAGCGCCAGGAGAAGUUCAAAGAGAUGCACAAGAUUCGAAUGGAGAUUGCUGAAAAAAGGCAUCAUAGAAAAGAGGCUAAUAUGAAGCGGCUUACGGAUAAGGCACGUGUAAAGGAGAUUAAGCGGAACUUGGAAGAAGCUUCUGUUGAUUUUGAUGUCAAAAGUAGUGGAGAGUUUUUCUCUACUGAGGAAUCAAACAAUAAUGGUAACGCAGAUGAGCAGCAGGUCGAAGAGUAUACGGCAGAGGAGAAAGAUGAAGAAGAGAAGGACAGGACGAUGGAAGCACUUCUCCCCGAAUUCGAAGAUGAGGUUACAAUUAGCGACGAGGAGCUCGAAGAAGUGGAAGAGCUUGAAGAUACACAUUCUGAACAAGUUUCUUUUCCUGAUAGAGAGAUUGUAAUCGAGAGAGAGCUCCCAGUGGAUGAUCCAGAACUUCUCAAGUACCAACGAAUCCUGUUUGGAAUUCCUUCUUCCAAUCAGAUGGAGCUGCAGAUUCAAAAUUCCAAUGGAGUACUACAAACUAAAAGGGUCCGUGUCAAGAGGGUUCCUAACCCGAACGCAUUAGGAUAUUCCAACAUUCGUCACAGGAAGCCAUCGUAUCUCUGA